GAGGCCGAGAUGCUCCGCGCCGUCGACCACCCGAAGAUCGUGCGGUUGUACGGCUUCUACGAGGAGGCCGGCGCGUUCUACCUGGUCUCCGAGCUCCUGCGCGGAAAGGACGUGUUCGAGCGCACCAUUGAGCUGACCUCCUUUCCCGAGCGGCUCGGAAGGAGGCUCGUCGCGAACAUCCUCGAGCCGCUCGCGUACCUGCACCGGAGCGGCAUCGCGCACCUCGACCUCAAGCCCGAGAACAUCCUGCUCGUGUCCCACCGCAGCGACGUCGCAGUGAAGCUCGUGGAUUUUGGCAACGCCAGGCGGGUUUCGGGCCGGUCGCUCGUCGAGCCGUGCGGCACGCCGGCAUACUGCGCUCCGGAGAUAGUCUUCCGGCGGGGCUACGGCGUCGAGGCGGAUAUGUGGGCGCUCGGGGUGUGCGUCUUCAUGAUCCUGGGGGGGUAUCCGCCCUUCUGCGACGGCAACUCGCACAACAAGGAGCUGAACGCGAAGCGCCCCCCUCCCAGGUACUGGGGCGGCUGGGACGGCAUCUCGGACGACGCCCGGGGCCUCAUCCGCGCGCUGCUCGAUCCCGACCCCGACGCGCGCCUCGCGGCGGACCAGGCGCUGCGCCACGCCUGGUUC